CUCGUGGUUUUUAUUGUCGGAUAGUUAAACAUUGUUGAUAUGUAUGUAUCAGUGCAUGUGUAUUUUAUAAUUUUAUGUCGGUAGGCGGUCGUGAAAGAUUUGCGUUAUAAUUGUUUUCUGUAAAAUGAAUAGCGUUUAAGGUUAUCGUUGAAUUGUUUGAUAUCCAUCUUGCCAUUUGAUUAUAAUACUGUGUAAUAAUCUUCUUAGUGUUUUGUUUUAUUAAGGUAUAAUGAGCACAGACAGAAUAGAAAAGCUUUACAAACAUUUCGGUGUUUUAGCUGAUGCAAAGGAUAAAAUAUCUGAACAUGAGGAAGACUACUUAGAGAUAUUGAAAGCUGUGAAAGGAUCAUCUAAAGAAAAGAGAUUGGCUUCUCAGUUCAUUGCUCGCUUCUUUAAGCAUUUCCCCCAGCAUGCCAACAUGGCUAUCGAGGCUUUGUUCGACUUGUGUGAAGACGAGGAUGUUGCAAUCCGCAAGCAGGCCAUCAAGGAUCUGCCCAGCCUGUGCAAGGACAGCAAGGAGUACAUAACCCGAGUGGCAGACAUUCUCGCACAGCUCCUGCAAGCGGAGGACACCACGGAGCUCGCAGUCGUCAACAACUCCCUCAUGUCGCUGCUCGGAAUCAACCCCAAAGGUACUCUUACCGGUAUCUUUGCACAAAUUCUGGAUGGUGAAGACUACAUUAGGGAGAGAUGCAUCAAGUUCCUAGCAACAAAGUUGAAGGUGCUAGAACCGGAUGUUAUCAACAAAGAGAUGCAGGACUUCAUCAUCUCUGAGACCAAGAAGGUCAUUCAGGAUGUGACGGCGGAAGAGUUCCACCAGCUGAUGGACCUGCUGGCCUGGACGAGGCUGUCCCACUCGGUGAGCGGUCAGCAGGAGCUGGUGGGCAUCGUGGCGGAGCAGGCGGAGCUGACCCGGGAGUUCGACCCGGCCCACGACCAGGACUGCGUGGACAAGCUCAUUCAGUGCUUCAGCCUCGCACUGCCGUACUUCUCGUCGCAAGUCGACUCUUCGAGGUUCGUGUCGUACAUGUGCGACCAAGUGCUGCCGAAGCUGUCCCUGAUCGUGAGCCCCGACGAGGGCAGUAACCCCCAGCUGGAGAUCCUGAAGCUGUUCGCGGAGCUGUGCACCCACUGUGGGGCCUUGGAGAAGAGCGAGGAGAAGCUGGACAAGCUGUACAACAAGCUUAUUGAGUACAUGCCGCUGCCAGUGGAUCCCGAAAGCAGCGAGGAGCCCCGCUUGGAGUUCUCCAUUGUCGAGUGUUUGAUGUACGCGUUUCAUCGUCUUGCGAGGCAUAGCCCAGAAGUACUCACUGCUGAUGAGAAGAAACUCAAAGACUUCAAAAUGAGGUUGCAGUUUUUUGCUCGCGGCACUCAAGGCUACAUCAAGAAGCUGCGUGAAGCUUUGCAGGGAAAAACCGACGAAGAGCUGAAGACAGAAGAGAAUAAAAUCAAGGCGGUGGCCUUGAAGACAACGUCCAACAUCAACACACUUAUUAAAGACCUCUUCCAUUCCCCUCCGAGCUUCAAGAGUGUUAUAAGUUUGUCCUGGAAACCUACCAUUGGUGCUGCGAAAGAUGGAGUCAUGGUUGGGGAGAAACGCCAUGUGCCAAUUACAUUUUCUGAUUCACCUUCGAAACAUGCAAAAUCUGAAAAGUCACACCGGGAACUAUACCAACCUCCAAGUGGAAAGUACAGCACUAAAGUAUCGGGAUAUAUGCCGUAUCAGCGCGGAGGUCGAGGCAGAGGUGGCCGCCCCAGGGGUGGUUACCGUGGCAACAGAACGUGGCGACGCGGGUUGUACUAACGCUUCACUUCAUUUGUGAAAGAACUUUCAAGGCCAAAUUGAAAUUCACAGCUAUUUUUAAGUCUGUUCGGAAGGAUUGUUUUAUGCCACUGAUGGAAGAUGUAAAAUGCUAUGCAGAAAAAUGUUUUGUUUAACAUAAA